AUGGGGCGGCACAAGUUCCGGUUGUCAGACAUGAUCCCGAACGCGUGGUUCUUCAAGCUCCGCGACAUGCGCGCGCGGGGCGGCGCCGCGGCAGCCAGCCCCCGCGUGGCUGCGUUGCGGCCGCCCCCGACCACGCCGAGGCACGGCCACGGCCACGGCGCGGCCGCGCCGUGGCUCCCGCACAGGGCGUCCCACUACUACACGCCGCGGGCGGGGGACCUCGUCCAGCUGGGCUCGCCGUCGCCGCUGCACCCCAAGGCCUCCGACACGCGCUUCCCGCCGCUGCAGCAGUCGCCGCCGCGCCGGUCCAGCAGGUGGCGCCACCACCACCGGAGGCGGUCCGUCAAGCUGGCUGCGGCGGCGCCGCCCUCUGCCAGCAGCAGCAGCGGCGUCGCGUCGUCGCCGGCCUCCACCGCCGCAUGCCGCUGCGGCCGCAGCCACAGGCCCGAGCUCGUGGUGGUCGAGGCGCCCGACACCCCGCCGUGCCGCCGCGACAUUUUCGUCGGGUACAGCAGCGACGACGACGACGACGACGACGAGUACGUGAAGAAACCGACGGUUGCCGCCGUCCGCGCCCACGACAAGCUCGACGGCGGCAAAGUGAUCACUUCCGCCACGGAUAUCAUCAUCGACCUGCGGACCAAGAGGAGGCCCGACAAGACGCUCCCGCCGAUCACGACCAAGCCGGCGAAGAGGGAGCCCGACGUGUGCCAGCUCGAGGACAAGCACAUCGACGUCCUCGCACACGCGACCCGACGAGCCUCGCCUGUCGUCCCCGAACAGAGCAAGCUCAAGCCGCCGAGGCGGUCCGUGUCGUCGUCGGCGCGGCGACUGAAAACGCGCGCCAACACCCCGCGCUUAGCAUCGUCCAAGAAGUGCAGGUCGCCCACGACGACGACGACGACGACCGCGCGCUCGCCGGCGCGGACCAGACCGCCGCCGCCGCCGCCUCUGGCUGAGAGCUUCGCGGUGGUGAAGUCGUCGCGAGACCCGAGGCGGGACUUCCGGGAGUCCAUGGAGGAGAUGAUCACCGAGAACGGCAUCCGCACCGCCGCCGACCUCGAGGACCUCCUCGCGUGCUACCUGUCCCUCAACGCCGCCGAGUACCACGACCUCAUCGUCGAGGUGUUCGAGCAUAUCUGGGUCACGCUCUCUGACGUCAAGGUGUAG